AUGCGCGUGUAAAAGCUCGACAAAUCCGAUCAGCACCUUCUCCCGCGGCCAGUGAGUGCACAGACGCUACUGACUGUUUGAAUGCGUGUCGUCCAACUUUAUGUUUACUGAGAUAGUUGUUAGUGCACGGCCGUGAUGACUUGCAGUGCAGUUCAGGAACUAGGCGCAUUGCUAUUUGUUUGAUAUAUUGUGUCGACAUCAGUGCUGUUGUGGUGAGUUUAUACCAACAUCCCGUCUCCGUGUCCACUCUGUGAAGCACAAUGAGUCUGGUUCUACACAAUCUGCUGCUCUGCUGCAAAGGGCUGGACAGUGACAAAGCCACAGAGAGGAAGAAAGAAGCUGAAAACUUCAGACGGCUCCUGCGUGCAACAGAGACUUUGCAAGAACUGGAUCGCAACUCAGGAUCCAAAGCCAAAGGGACCAAGCAACUCACAUGGGAUGCUGUUUUCAGGUUUUUGCAGCGCUAUGUCCAGAAGGAAACUGAAACCAUACAGUCAAGCAGAGCCAACGUCACGGCCACUACACUGGCCACGCGUCAGAAGAAGAUGGCUGAGAUGUGCAGCCUGAUCAAAUACUUCAUCCGCUAUGCAAACAAACGUGGUCCUCGUCUAAAGUGCAGCGAGCUGUUGAAACAUGUGAUCGAGGUCCUGCAGAGCUCAUACUGCUGUUCAGCGUAUGGGGAAAAUUACAGCAGUCUCCUUGUCAAGGACAUCCUCUCUGUCCGCAAGUACUGGUGUGAUAUCACUUCAUCACAGUGGCACAGUCUUCUGGACAUUUACUGCAACUUAUUUAACUCUUCAUCCAAGUCCAUCAACCGUGUCCUGUUGAGCAGAGUGAUUCACACGGUGGUGCAGGGCUGCUGCUCGCAGACCGACGGAGCUCACGAUGCUCUGUUCAGCUUCUUUUCCAAAGCCCUUCUUAAUGCCAAGCAGGAGAAACAGUUGGUGGUUCUGGAGCAUCUCCUAUCAGCUCUGAACAUCUUCUUGAGGUCUGUGGCCAUGAACUGUCGGAUGAGGGUUUGCAGACUGGGCAAGGAGCUCCUGCCGUCUGUUCUGUCUGUCUGGGCUGACAUGAGCCCCAGCACAGCUCUCAAAGAGGAGAUUGUGGAGUUUUUCAGCCUUCAGGUGUGUGUUCACCAUCCCAGAGGCGCCACCACACAGGACACAGGUGCUCAUGCUGAGAACUGGACCAGGUGGAAGAGUCUGCUGUUCGAUCUGUAUGACGCUUUGGUCAGAGAGAUCAGCAAAAUUGGCAGCAGGGGGAAGUACGUCACAGGGACACGACACAUCGCUGUCAAGGAAAAUCUCGUCGAGCUCACAGCGGACGUCUGUCACCAGCUUUUCGUUUGUGACAGUGACAUCCAGAUCCUGGAGGCCACCCAGUCGUCUUCCAGGCCCACCCAGAUGGGAAGUCCCAGUUUUGGAACUCCCAGCAAGCGGCGGCGCAUUGAAAUAAGUUGGGAAGUGCUGCGUGGCCAUCUGCAGCCUCAGCAGAGCGACUUUGAUGUCAUACCAUGGCUGCAGGUCACUGCAAUGCUCACCUCCAAGUACCCGUCCACGGUGCCCAGCAAGGAGCUGGUCGCCCUCCUGUCAGUGUUACUCCAGCUGUUAGCGGAGCAGCGGCGAGGAGAGAUGGGGAUGUAUGUGCUGCGCUGCCUGAGAGAGGUGGCCCGGUGCCAGGCCCGCCUCCCUCACAGAGUCCAGGCCUACAGAGCAGAGCUGAGCCGGCUGUGGGUUCGAGUGUGGGCCCUGGCCGUGCGAGCUGUGAGCGCACCUCAGACCGAGUCCUGCAGCCUGGACCUGCUCUCCUCCAUCGUGCACGGCGAGCUGAUUAAUAUGGACAGAGAGUUCUGGAGGCUGUUUUCUGGAUCUGCAUGCAAACCGUCCCAAGGUGCGGCAGUCUGUCUGACCCAGGCCCUGCUGAAAUGUCCGGUCCCGAAAAGCCUCAGACUAACCUCAGGUUGGGACUUCGUUGGAGGCGCAGACGGGUCUGCGUCGCCCAGUCUGAAGGAGACCCUCAUCGGCUGGCUGCUGAUGAGCGAUCAGAGCGAUGAGAUGGAGGAGAGCUCCAGGCCUCACCCCAUCCUCUGCAGAGACUUUCCUCACAAUCUGAUAGCCAACAUGUUGGUCUCUCUGACACUGAAAGACACAAAAGUUGGCCUCAAGUUUCUUUUGGGACCUGAAGGAGUAGAAAGCACCUUUCUUCAAGAUCAAAUGUCGCGCAAUUCCAAAACCAGCCUGGAGGAGAUCGAGCGGCUGUACCUGCAGUUCAGCUUCGACACGCUGCCCUCAGAGCUCCGACCGGCCAGCGAGUCGACGAAGACGUCAGCUGACUGCGAGUUCGCCGUGGUCCCGGGCCUCAGAAGCAAGCUGGAGCAGUCUCUGCUUUGCGUGGCUGAUAAUUUACUCAACUGCUACUCUCCUGAUUCUCAGUCCACGUCUCCGGAGUGUGUGGUGCGCUGCUUCUCCCUGCUGACCGGUGUGCUGGCCGGUUACAUCUCCAUCGGAUUUCUGACUGAGGAAGAAGCUUGUCGCUCACCACUCUUCACUAAAGCAAAGGCUCUGGCACAGGACUUCUCUGGGUUUGUUUCGAGUGUGAAAGUGAAAAUGUCCGAGGAAGGGACUGUGGCCACUCUGAGAUCCGUGAUGAAGCUGUGCUCACAGUCUGUCAGCAGAGAGAAGGAGGAUAACAUCAGUCGUAUCUUUUUAAUGAUUUUGCCAGCCAGCCUCCUCGCUGACCUGGCAGAAAUCUCUAAACUGCUGCUGAACAGUGUUUCCAGGAGAGCCAGUUCUGUAGACGAAGACGAUCACGCGGAUGAUGACUGGGACAUGACGAGAACUCAACAGGUGAAUGAAUUUGAUCUGUUUGAUGCUGAUGAAGAGUCUGGCAGCAGCUCUAACGGGACCCAGAGGCAGAAGGGAGACACCCAUGACAAUUCCUGUGGUCCAGGUGCAAAGAGCCUGCUGGCAGACGACCUUCUGGCCCUGCAGGAUCUGACUCUCCUCGCAGUCCUGGAGUUUCUCUGCCAGUGCGCCUCCAUCCAAACGGUCCACGGUCUGCUUUUCAAGCCGCAGGAAGUGCGACGUCGGCUGCUGCUGCUCGUGGAACAAGUUGACUUCAGCAAAGCGUUGCACCUCAACAUGUAUCUUGUCCUGUUGAAGAAGCUUCCUGCCGAAGAUUCCAUCAGUCCUGAGGACUUUGAUUUGCUGCUGCGUCCUCUAGCAGAUCUGUGCUCGCUGUAUCGUCAGGACCAGGAGGUCUGCGCCGCUGUGCUGCUCAGUUUGUUGCCCUCCAUAAAAAGCCUGGGGAAAACCCACCAGUUGCCCGAGGAGAUGAGACAUGUGCAGGGGUCUCUGCUUCAAGUGCUGGCUGGAUUUUGUAUUCUGAGCCAGUCGGGAAAAUGCGUGUCGUCAGUGCGAGCCGCUUUAGUGCGGUGUCUGAUCGCUGUGCUGGAGGUGGACCCACGCUGUGUCUGGGCCGUCCUGAGUGUCAGAGGGCCCGACAGCGAGGAAGAGCAGCCCAUCUCCGACAUCCUUCCAUCUCACCUCGCAGAUGACCACCACCAUGUCCGCAUGCUCGUAGCCAUGUCAGUGGAGAGGCUGUUUCUGGAGUUGAAUCUGCAGCAUCCAGAACAGACGAAGAUGCUUCCCCUGAAACACCAACAGGCAGCUUUUGAAAACAUUUACCUGAAGGCUCAGGAGGGGAUGAGGCUUCCAAGAAGCAGGUCUACAGCGGAGCAGCAAGACGAGACGUUCAACCGCAAAGCCACGCUGCUGAAGUGUUUAUCUGUCGUGCUGUGCUGUAGCCCCGUGUGUGAAAAGCAAGCCCUGUUUGCGCUCUUCCAGUCCUAUAAAGAGAAUAAUAUCGAGGAACAGCUCAUCAAAAAGAUGUUGUGCAGCGUUUCCAGUGCGCUCGGCUACAGGAGCGUCAAAGCGUUUGUCAGCUCUCACCUGUACUACUUGGUGGCCGAAUGGCUCUCGCAGAGACAGUCCGACGACCGCUACACUCUCGGAUCCUUCCCUUACAGUCUCCUCGGUCACAACACCGUCAAAGAUUUCUAUCACUCCUCCUACCAGGUACUGAUCCCCCAACUGGUCGUCCUGGACGACUUUGAGCAGGUCAAGUCCAUCGGCAGGUGUCUGGAGAAGGACUGGAGGGAGCUCCUGGCAGACUGCUUCCCCAAAAUCAUGGUCAAUAUCCUGCCGUACUUUGCACUUUCUGGCCAGGAUUCGCUGGUGGCACAGCAGCGAGAGAAAGCCCACCGGGUGUACGACGUGCUCAAAGACGCCGGCUGUCUGGGCAAACAGCAAAUUGACAGCCUGAUUCACAGUAACCUGGCAGACAUCGUGGUGGAACUGUUGAUGACUCUGUAUGAAGGACGCGGAGCAGGAGGAGACCUGAGACAGUUCACUGGAGAACUGGAUCCUGUACCAAACCCGCCAUACUUCAGCUCUGAUGUGAUCAAGUCGACCAUGGAUUACCUGAGCAAGUGUCACAGUGCCAACCACAAGUCACUGGUGGCCAUUCUGUCAAAAACCCCAAUUUCUAUCCAGAGGAUCCUCCUGGCGGUGUGUGAGAGAGCAGCCGAGACGACCAACAGCUACGAGCGCCACCGCGUCCUCCUCAUGUACCGCCUGUUUGUCAGCCUGCUGCUCCGGGAGGUGAAGGACGGUCUGGGAGGAGCCUGGGCCUUCGUCCUCAGGGACAUCAUCUACACACUCAUUCACAACAUCAACAGCAGACCGCUGAAAUGCGAUGAGGUUUCCAACCGAAGCCUCAGUCUGUGCUGCGACCUGUUGACCUCUGUGUGUCAGGCGGCGCUGCACUUCUGUGACGAUGCUCUGGACUGCCACCUGCAGGUCAUCGUCGGGACUCUAACGGCUCAAGUUACCACCUCUAUAUCGCAGCAGGUGCUCAGCUUGCUGCAGUUUCUCGUAAUUGAAAAUCAGCAGAAAUUAAAAGACGCCAUCAGCAGUUUGGAGCCGUUUCCCGACAUCCGUGAAUUCAGAGAGCUGCGGUCUGUGCAGCACAAACUCAAAUACAACACCAGCACCUUCAACCUCAGACGGGAGAUUUCUCACUUCCUGUCAGUAGCGUCAUGUGACUCCUUACCUCUGACUCGACUGGAGGGUUUGAAGGAUCUGACCCGACAGCUGCACGACAACAAGGAACAGAUCCUGGAGCUGCUCAAAGAAUGUCACGCUGACCCCGGUAACAGUGUGCUGAUUAAGCUGGCCCUCAGUCUGCUGCAGCUCUGCAAACUGGCAGUGAACCACCAUGGAGGGGCUGAAAUACUGGAGGCAGCAGGCAGCUGUCUGGGAGAGCUGGGUCCUGUGGACUUCUCGACCUUUGCCCUCCUCCAUGGCGGCGAUCCUCUCUAUGAAAAGGCCGUCUCUCUCUUCCCCGCCACCGAGUUGCAGCGUUUGUUCAUCAUCCUCAGCUGCGUGAACAACGCGCUCACGUGCCACCGUGUGGAGGUGAGGCGGGCGGCAGCUCAGUGUGUGAGGGACAUCCUGGCGACGCAGUCCGGGGUGGACUUCUGGGAACAAUACAAAGACGAAAAAGACCCCAUGUUGGCUUACCUCAAUCCCUUCAGAACGCCCAAGAAUAAGGUGACAGAUCUGAAAGCGGCGGAGAGUCCGCAGGCCAUGGAGAGGCUGCAGACUCAGGAGUUCUGGACUCCCCAGGCGGGCUCCCACAGAGUCUGGCUGAAGGCUCUGUGCACGGCGCUGCUGGACAGCGGCGGAGUCCGGAGUGAACCUCUGCUGCUGUCUCGCCCGCUGUGUCUGGUGAGCGUGGACUGCUGCCACAUGCUGCUGCCGCUCAUCAUUCACUCCAUCCUUCAAGACGACGCAGACGGUUCGUGGAGGGAGCUGCUUUCCUCCCACGUCCGAGACUUCUUCAGCUUUUGCUCCAGAAGCGCUCAGGCCUCCAGCCGCUCUGCCACACCUCCCAACUUUGACUCCGAGUCAGACGCUGCAAGCAACGGCUCGUAUGACGCCACGUCUCUGCGGACCAUGCUUGCUGUGAUCGACUACCUGAGACACCAGGACAGAUCAGUGGAAUCUGAAAGUAAGUCCUGCGGUACAGUUUGUGACUCAAACUUCUGGCUGGAGCUGAACUACCUGGAGGUGGCCAAAGCGGCACAGUCCUGCUCGGCUCACUUCACUGCGCUGCUCUACAUCGAAAUCUACGUCGACAAGAUCAAAGCCAACCUGGAGGAGCGUGGCAAAACAAAGUCUAAAGCGACCCGUAAAAUCAACUUUGAGGAAAACAGCCAGAACCUCACCAUCUCCAGCCUGACCGAGAGGAGCGUACACGACUCCAGCAUUAGUCUGCAGGAGCUGCUGAUUGAGAUUUAUCGGAGCAUCGGGGAGCCUGACAGUCUGUACGGCUGCGGCGGGGAGACCAUGACUUGUCCACUGACACGGAUUCGAACCUAUGAACAUGAGGCCAUGUGGGGACAGGCCCUGACUUCGUACGACCUCCACGGCUCUCUGCCUCAAGUCACCCGACAAGUGGGAAUCAUGGAGAGUCUGCAGAACUUCGGCCUGAGCAGCGUCCUGUCCACCUACAUGAGGGGUCUGGAGAGCGAGGGGGUGGAGUGGGGCGCCGAGCUGCGCGAUCUCCGCUUCCAGGCGGCCUGGAGGAACACCCAGUGGGACUUCGAGGUGUCAGAAAGGGGUGAGGAAUCCAAUCCUGGCUUCCAUGAAUCUGUUUUUUGCGCCAUGCAAGCGCUCAGGGACAAAGAGUUCUCUUUAUUUGAUGAAACUCUGAAACAGGCCAGGGUAGCGGAGGUGGAGGAGCUGUGCAGAGGCAGCCUGGAGGCCGUGUCUUCUCUCUACCCUGCUCUCAGAAACCUGCAGAGCAUCAGAGAGCUUCAGAGUGUGAAGCAUCUCUUUUCAAGUCCCUUCUCGGACCUGGCUCUGGGUGAAGUUUGCAGGCAGUGGCGGCUGCACUCCAAGCUGCUCGCCGACAGCGACUUCUCUCUGGUGGAGCCCAUCCUCGCCGUGCGCUCCGUGGCCCAGCACGCCCUGCUGUCCAGGGUCGCAGACCCCGACAGUACCCAGUACCUCAGCUCCGUCCUCACCGACCACCUGAUGGAGCUCUGCCGGCUGGCUCGUAAAGCCGGGAAUACGCAGCUGGCGGAGCGCGCCGUCUACCAGAUGAAGCAGCACAGCGGUGCUGGCGGAGCGACCUUGGCGUCGGCGCCCGACUAUUCGUGGCAGCUGGAGGAGGCUCAGUUGUUUUGGGCGAAGAGGGAGCAGAACCUGGCUCUGAGCCUGCUGAGGCAGAUGAUACACAAACUGGAGGAAAAGGUGGAUAUAAAUCCCGCUCUGGCACCAACCUACACCAGGUGCCUCAGGCUGUGUGGUAACUGGCUGGCUGAGACCUGCCUGGAAAGCCCUGGAGUCAUCCUGAACAAUUAUUUGGAGAGGGCCAUGGAGAUAAUAGAGCAGGAGUCUCCGGUGCAGGACCCUCGGCUCCUGAGCCAGCGGACCGAGGCGUUCCUGUCUCUCGCUCGCUUCUCAGAUGUUCAGUACCAGAGCAUUGACAAAUACAUGAAGUCCUCUGAGUUUGACAGCAAGCAGGCGCUGCUGGAGAAGGCCAAGGAGGAAGUGUCCCUGAUGAGGCAGCGUAAUGUAUCCAACAGGUACGCAGUGAAGGUGAGGAAAGAGCUGGAGCUGGAUGAGCAGGCACUGCUGAACCUGCUGACGGACCGGCUGCGCUUCCUGUCCAAGGCCAUGGAGAAUUACAUCCGCUGCCUGGAGCUCGGCGAGGAGCACGACACCUGGGUGUUCCGCCUGGCCUCCAUCUGGCUGGAAAACAAGGACCUGAAGGACGCAAGUGACAUAAUGAAGAAAGGGGUCCGGCACAUUCCCUCCUAUAAGUUUCUGCCUCUCAUGUAUCAGCUGGCUGCUCGAAUGGGAACCAAAAUUAAAACCGCCAACAAUGAAGAUACUGGAUUUCAUGACGUCCUCACUGAUCUCAUCAGCCGAGCGUCUCUGGAGCACCCGCACCACACGCUCUUCAUCAUCUUCGCUCUGGUAAACGCCAACAAAGACGAGAGCUUCAGCAAGUCCCGGCUGUCGAAGAGCUCCCCAGAGCAGCCUUCACCGUUUGAUUCGGAGCGUUCGGACGUGGCCCGGAAGAUCAUCAGUGCCAUCAGGGAGAAGCGGGGCGCCAUGGUACGAGACAUCGAGCGUCUGUGCGACGCGUACAUCACCCUGGCCUAUAUGGAUGCCAGCAAACACCAGGCUGACAAGAAAGCGAUUCCCAUCCCUGCCGAUCAGCCCAUCAUGAACAUGAAAGACCUCGACGAGGUUUCCAUCCCAACUUUGGAAAUAAAGGUGGAUCCGUCCGGUCAGUACGAAAACCUGGUGACGGUCAGAUCCUUUCAGCCCCACUAUCGCCUGGUCGGAGGAGUUAACCUGCCCAAGAUCAUCGACUGCAUCGGCUCAGAUGGCAGAAGCAGGAGGCAGCUGGUCAAAGGCCGGGACGACCUGCGGCAGGACGCGGUGAUGCAGCAGGUGUUCGGCAUGUGCUCCAUGCUGCUGCAGCGCGACUCGGACACCCGGAAGAGGAAGCUCAACAUAAGACAAUACAAGGUGGUGCCGUUCUCGCAGUGCAGCGGCGUGUUGGAGUGGUGCUCCGGCACGGUGCCCAUCGGAGAGUUCCUGGUCAAUCCCAAUAAAGGAGCGCACAAACGCUUCCGACCUCAAGACCCCACCAACCUGGCCUGCCGCAGACAGAUGAUGGAGGUUCAGAAAUUGGGAUUUGACAAGAAGCUGCAGACCUACAUGGAUAUUUGCAAGAGCUUCCGACCCGUCUUUCGGUAUUUCUGCAUGGAGCGCUUCCUGGAUCCCGCAGUGUGGAUGGAGAAGCGGCUGGCCUACACUCGCAGCGUCGCCACGUCGUCUAUCGUCGGCUACAUUGUUGGACUCGGCGACCGGCACAUCCAGAACAUCCUGAUCGACGAAGAGACGGCCGAACUCAUACACAUUGAUUUAGGCGUGGCCUUCGAGCAGGGGAAGGUCCUCCCCACCCCAGAGACGGUCCCCUUCCGGCUCUCCAGAGACAUCGUGGAUGGCAUGGGCAUCACGGGGGUGGAGGGAGUGUUCAGAAGAUGUUGUGAGAAGACGAUGGAGGUGAUGAGGAGCUCUCAGGAAGCUCUGGUGACCAUUGUGGAGGUGCUGCUGUACGACCCGCUGUUCGACUGGACCAUGAACCCCCUGAAGGCCUUCCACCUGCAGCAGUACCAGCAGCAGGAGCUCAACGCCAGUCUGAGCUCCACCAUGGGCGCCAGCAGCAAAGUCAGCCUGCAGAAGCCCAGCGACAGCCAGAGCUUCAACAAGGUGGCGGAGCGGGUGCUGCUGCGACUGCAGGAGAAGCUGAAGGGUCUGGAGGAGGGCAACGUGCUGAGCGUGCGGGGUCAGGUCAACCUGCUCAUCCAACAAGCCAUGGACCCCAAAAACCUCAGCCGGCUGUUCCCGGGGUGGCAGGCCUGGGUGUAGACUCUGGAAAUGCUGCAUCCGAGACCUGCUUUAGGAACGAAAAGAAGAAAGGCUCCUCCGGUGCUUAACUAUGAAUGUCAUUCCUCUCUGUGUUUAUUAUUGUCAAACAUAUACUGAACGCCAUGUUGUCCUUUUUCAGUCAGCCCCUGCCGAACUUUGCACUUUAUUAUGAGAGAAAUGUAGGAAAGUUACGGUUUCUUUGGCACCAACGCACGUCUUGCUGUCGACACCUGCAGAAAGUGAAAUGCUUUUAUAGAGACCAGCCGCCUGUGAAGUUACGGCCCCGUUUAGGACCGCGUGCCUUUCUUUCACCAAGUGGCACAUUUAAGUUUUGUACUGUUGAGUUCUUCAAUACUUACUGUCUGUAAAACCCAAAGCUUUAUACUAUGAACCUUUCAUACAAAUAUUUGUUAAGAUAUGAUUUUUAAAUCAGUUCAACUUGAAAUACUGUUCACGACGUUUUUAUGCAGCACUUUUCUUUCAUUUCAGCCGUUCAGUCAGUUCCACGUCGGUUUAUUUGCCAGAUUUUGGUGGCGUUAUUCCACGACGCUCACAGAGCAGCUCAGUGGGAUUCAGGUGAUGAUGUGAGUGAGGGCUCUACGGUACACUUUAGUGUUGAACGACUGCUUUUGCACCUUUACAUCAUUCACCUGGUGCUCUGUAAAGUCUCCAGUCUGUCAUGAAAAGAUCAAUAAAUCAG